GUUUGUGUAGCAACGUUCAGUUCAGGCAGAAAACAUUAUUGGGUUUUUAGUUUUAAUUUAAAUCAUUUAUAUUGACGUAAUUGCUCCAGGUAACAUACACCCACAUGAUGUGCAUAUAACUGAAGAUAGAUUAAAUUUAUGAUAUAUAAAUUUUCCUUCCUGCUUCUUUCUUCUUCUUCAUGACGAGGAACUAGCGUCUGGUUAGGCGGCCGUCCAUCAAUAUUCGCCUUCGUAACAAUUCUUCAUAUUUUGAACAGUGGCAGUGACUACCUAACAACUAUCUAAUCCCUAUAGUCCAUGACAGUCUACUCACAACAAACUGACGGACUAUUUUUGAAAUGUUUGGAAGUUGGUUUGCCACAAAAUUUAAAUUCAAGAGGUGUUGUUUGAAAGUAAUCGAAAUUUUGUCCAAAGGUAUUGAAGAAAAACUUUGAAUAAGGAUUCUGGAUCAAUUUAUGUGAACUGUAAAUACCGAAAUAUGGAGAAUAACUCGUUUAGUAAUAAAAUUGAGGAUUAUCAAAUUUCCAAUUUAUUGGGAAAAGGCGGAUUUGCAUCAGUUUAUAAAGCAAGAUGCCGUCUCACUGGAAUUCAAGUUGCUAUUAAAAUGAUUGAUAAAAAAAUGCUUCAAAGUAGUGGUAUGAAAAAUAGAGUCCAACAAGAAAUAGCUAUCCACUCCCGUUUGAGACAUCCCUCUAUAUUGCAACUUUAUACAUUUUUUGAAGAUGCACAAUAUGUAUAUCUAGUACUAGAAUUGUGUGAUAAUGGAGAAUUGCAACAUUAUAUAAAACAGAAGGAGUUAUCUGAAUUCGAAGUUAGCAAUAUUAUGAGGCAAGUGGUUGAAGGGAUAAAAUAUUUGCAUUCCUAUAGCAUUUUACAUCGUGACAUAUCACUUUCAAAUUUACUGUUAACCAGAGAUAUGCAUGUGAAAAUUGCUGACUUUGGUUUGGCAACUCAACUUACAAGACCUGAUGAAAAGCACAUGACAAUGUGUGGAACACCAAAUUUUAUAUCACCUGAAGUAGCUUCUCGAAGUUCCCAUGGGUUAGCAGUUGACAUUUGGGGGCUAGGAUGCCUUCUCUACACUUUACUGGUUGGAAAACCACCAUUUGAUACCCAAAAUGUAAAGAGCACAUUAACUCGUGUAGUUAUGGAUACAUAUUCUAUUCCUGCCCAUUUAUCCCCAGAAGCUAAAGAUUUAAUUAACGCUUUGCUUCAAAAAAAUCCUAAAGAUCGUAUUGGAUUGGAUCAAAUUUUGGACCACCCUUUUCUUAAGAGGAGCUUGGUUAUGAUGACACAUGACAGUGGUAUUCAUACCAUGUCUAGUCGUAGAGAUAGUGCGUUUAAUGAUGGGUCAUAUUCCUCUAACUUUUACUCAAGAAAAGCUAGUAGUGAUUGUUGCCCAUCAACUGUUCCCUACAUUACAAGCCGGUUGGCUCAUAGUUUGGAACAAGUCAAUUUUUAUGACCAACAUUGCCAUAAUGAGCAAAACCAGGCUCUAUGUGUUGAAAACACUGAUCAGAACACUUCCUGCAGUUGUCGAUCUGUUUGUAAGGGUCAUGCAAACAAAUACAGUUACCAAGAAAUCUGUCCUUCUGCUAGCCAGUGCAAUGGAAGCUGUCAUCAUUUAAAUGAUCCAGGAGGAGGACAUGCACCACAAUCAGUUUUAACUAACCUCCCCUUCAAGUCACCCUCUUUACCGUUAGAAAGUACCAACUGUUUAACUGGAAAUGGUAAGUCAGCUUCUCCAUAUAGUAUGCCCAGUUAUGCAAUGUCCCAUACAAGUCAAACAAGACCUGGUGAUACAUUUAAAAAGGAAAAUCUAGAACAACUUUGUUCUCUGCGACUUUUACCCACUAAACACCAAACAAAUAAUGCUGUUUUAAGUAUUUUGAAUGAUGGUGAAGUUGUAAUAGAAUUCAUUAAACGAAGGGGAUCAAAGAAGAAAGAAAUGGUGUGUGAAGUUAUGCGAAUAUCUCCAGAUGGCGCAAGGGUGAUUUUAUAUGAACCUGAAAGUGGUAGAGGGUGUCCUGCAGGGCAAGAGCCUACUCCAGUUCCAUUGGCAGGUGCAGAUCACAUUUUUAGCAUAAAUAAUUUGCCAGAAAAACACUGGAAAAAAUACAUGUAUGCCCAUAAAUUUGUCAACCUUGUUAAAGCCAAAACACCCAAAGUAACAUAUUAUAGCGAUAAAGCUAAAGGCCUUCUAAUGGAGAAUUUGAAAGACUUUGAAGCAUCAUUUUAUGAAGGUGGAAAGGUCACUUAUUCCACCACUGGAGGAGUUACUUUGAUUGACUCUUCGGGCCGAAAAUAUGAUUUUAAAAAUUCAGAUGACUGCCAUAGUCUGACUGGCACCUUGGAACUUAUGUGGAAUCAUUCUCAUGAACUUUUCGACCAUUGCUUGUUGCUGGAGAAGACAAUUUCACUAAUGAAUAGCAACGAUUUUCCUAUAAUUGUCGGACGAAGGCCAAUAUCAGUGGUUAAUUAUAGCGAUAAGGAAAAUCAUUCAAGGACUGCUCCCGCAUUUAUGGCGUCAUUUAAUAGUACUGCGCCAGGAACAUCUUUUGGUACAAACGUUAGCAGGGAAAGGAAAGUGGUUGUUCCAGGGGUUGGAACUGCUACUCAGCUCUCUAAUGGAGAAAUAAAAGUGAAAUAUCAUGACGGUUCCCAACUCUGGGUGGAUGGUAAACACAUCAGGCAUCAAUACCACCGUGAUGGUCAAAUUGUGAGGUAUACUGUGGGCGGUAGUUUACCCGAAGACAUACUGGAAAAGUUUCAGCACAUGUUAAAAGCUAUUGAACAGUUUCGGCCGAGCCCUUUAAGCACCAAGAAGAUACACAAUUUUAGGUAGUGCUCUUAUAAAGAAUAUUUUCUAUAUUUCUCGCUAAUAUUGAGGAAUUAAAAGUUAGAGUGUCCAUUUGCAAUCAGAGUACUAGAAAUCGAUUUAUAUUUUGUAGAACAAUUUUCGACAUAUAUGUAAUUUUAGAGUCGCACCAACUGUUGUCUAGAUGAAGAGCAUAGGUUUUGUUAGGAAAAUUGUUGUUAGAAAGCUUUAGUUAUUAUGUAAAACACAAAUUAUUUUCUAAU